UGUUGGCUCGGCCGCCGAAAGAAAGGCGAACGGGUGAAGGCGGAGAGAAGCUGAAGAGGGACGCCACGGCACCGCAGGCACACCGGCGAAGCCACGGUCACAGCGGCUCUUCACACAGGACGAUAGCGUCAGGAGCGCAGGACAUCCCCGAGGGGGGAGGGCAACCCGCUAUCCGAAGAAGAGGAGGUGAAGGAAGGGGGGAGACAGUUACUCUGAAAACUACCGUGAGGAUUACAGAGAGCCACCGUCACAGCAGCUUUCACCCUGAGAGUGCCAGAAGAUCUUUCUUAUUUGCAAGACGAUACACUGGCUGAUCUCCAGAAGAUGGUAUGCUGAUGUCCUGAGCUGAGGGAGCCUUAACUUCAUUCCCCACUCGCCUUUGUUAUUCCACACCUGGUCUGCUCUCCAUCAGUCACCAACACCAACAGCUACCACCAACACCUUCACAUUUUCCCCACCCCCUUUUGUCCAGCCGGUCGUCACCAUGACGUCGGAGCUGGAAAGCAGCCUGACCUCCAUGGAUUGGCUCCCUCAGCUAACCAUGCAGGCGGCCAUUCGCAAGGCUGAUGCCCAGAAUGCCCACGGGCCCGGCAUGGGAAAGAAGAGCGCCCUGCUCGAUCCCAACACCACGCUGGACCAGGAGGAGGUGCAGCAGCACAAGGAUGGCAAGCCGCCCUACAGCUACGCCAGCCUUAUCACGUUUGCUAUCAACAGCUCGCCAAAGAAGAAGAUGACACUGAGCGAGAUCUACCAGUGGAUCUGUGAUAACUUUCCCUACUACAGGGAGGCGGGCAGUGGCUGGAAGAACUCAAUACGGCACAAUCUGUCAUUGAACAAGUGUUUUCUCAAAGUGCCUCGCUCCAAAGAUGACCCAGGAAAGGGCUCUUACUGGGCCAUCGACACCAACCCAAAAGAGGAUGCUUUGCCUACACGGCCAAAGAAGAGGCCGCGGUCUGGAGAGCGGGCUUCCACGCCGUACAGCCUAGAGUCAGAGUCUUUGGGGAUGGAGUGUAUGAUCUCUGGAAGUGCCUCUCCAACGCUGGCAAUCAACACUGUGACUAACAAGGUGGCGUUGUACAACACAGACCAGGAAGGGAGUGAUAGUCCAAGAAGCAGCCUUAACAACAGCCUGUCUGAUCAGAGUCUGGCCUCCGUCAAUCUCAACAGCGUGGGCAGUGUGCACAGCUAUACAGCGGUGACCGGUCACCCAGAGCCUGUGUCCCAGUCUAUGAGCCUCCAGCAGCCUCCCCAGUCCCAGUAUAACAUGCCAGACAGGGACAAGCAGCUCUUGUUCUCAGAAUUUGAAGAUCUCAGUGCCUCCUUCCGCAGCCUUUACAAGUCUGUUUUUGAGCAGUCCUUCAGCCAACAAGGUCUGAUGGGCAUACCGGCAGAUUCCUCCCAGCAGACCCACACUUCCUGCUCCUAUCAGCACUCCCCCAGUGGCACCAUUAGCUCUCAGAACAGCCUCUCAAACAACCAGUCUAACAGCCACCCUAACAGCCACUCCACCAACAGUGGUCAGGUCCCCCUGUCCCAUCCUGCCCAAGCCCACCCUGGCCACGGCUCGCCCCAUGCGCAGCACCUCUCGCAGCACGGGGGCCCUCACAACCAACACAGCCAACACGCCCAGCACAGCCAACACAGUCAGCACCCACAGCACCAACAGCACUCCCAGCAUCCCCAGCAUGCUGCGCACUCCCAGCACGGGCAGCAUCCAUCGCAGCACCAGUCCCACAGCCAGCACCCGCAGCAACACACGCCACACCCCUCUCAACACACACAGCACAGCCAGCACCCUUCUCAACAUGGACAGCAGCACCAGAGCCUCUCCCACCAGCCCCAUCCUACCCAGCAACAAAUGGCCUGCAACACAGGUUUACUGUCUGACUGGUACCCAAAUCUGGAUGCACUGAAAGAAAGCUGUCGUAUUGCUAGCAGCUAUAACUGGGCUGAUGUCGACCUUUCACCUUACCAAGGACUGAGAGAGAGCAUGAGACAAGCAGAGUUGAACAACUGGUCUCUGGAACCCACCCAAAUCGCAGACCUCUGCUCAUCCAUCAACCAGUUUUUUGCCCGCACUGGUGUGAUCCAGCCACAGGGGGAAGUGCAGCCUCCCGUUUGCCAUGGCUCCAUGCACACCAACAAACCCAGCCAGCACCUCAACGCAGCAGGAAACCUGUACAUGGACUCCAGACAAAGUAUGUCCAUGAUGGUUCCUCCAGCAUAUCCCCACAUGCCCCCCAUGAGCAGUGCAGGACCCACUAUGACAGGACACCAUGCACAGAUGAACCAGCAGCACAUGAUACCUGCCAGAAACUUCCAGAUGCAUCGCAUGCAAGCUGACGAUAUCCAGGAUGAUUUUGAUUGGGACUCCAUUGUCUAGCUGCUAAAACUGCUUCUCGCAAAUACACAGGAGCGAAGGGAGGAGAUGGAAGCCAGGCUGAGCUGAAAAGGCCGCAGGUGGAGGAGGCCAAUGUGGGUGGACUGCAGAAGAACAUUUGAGAAGCUUUGGUGGAGAGACGCAGAAUUCAGACUUCAGAGUCCUGACAGUUUAAAACAAAAACAAAAAAAUAAAAGCAAAACAUAACUAGAAAAUGUUACUUUGAAGACAAUCAUAUUUAGUCGGACAUUUUAAAGUGAUUGCUUACAAACUUGUGUAGAAGCAAGUUGAACACAUUCACGUCUGAACCACGUGUUCCUCAGCCAGCCCUCUCCCCGUCCCUAGCGAGCGGCCUUCCAAAGUCCGAGCCCCCUCUCCCCUCCCUCCUCCCCUCCUCCAGCCUCCUGCUCCGUAACCGUUAUGUGAUUUGAGCGGCGUGUUCAGCUUGUAAUUCUUCUCGUGUUGACCUUGGCCUCAGCUGCCUCUUGGAUGAGUUUCUCUCUUUAUUUUUUCUUUUUAAAUUGUUAUUUUCUUCUUCUCCUUUUCUUUUUUUUUUAAAUGAAACACAAGCCGUCGCUGUGAGUGAUGUCAUGGUGUUUGUUGGUCACUUUUCGGAGAAAGUUGUCCCGCUGUGGCUGAAUCAGUGGUUAAAGAUAGGUUUACAAAAAACAAACAAACACAGGGUUUAAAAUGUGUAACCAGGCUUGAUGUUAAACAAACCAGAAUAGAAAACAAGAGGGAGAUCACGGAAAGUGUCGUGAUUUUUUUUAUUUUUUAAUGUUUUUGUUUGUUUGUUUUGUUUUUUAAAGCCAGCCAAUGUGAUCAGUCUCACUGCAUUAGACGAGUUAUGGGAGUACAGCAACUGUCUUUCUUUAUUUCUCUGUCCUAAGCACUUCAAGAUGAAUGAAUGAGUGGAAGAUGAUAGCAGAGAGAAGUCAGAUAUUAGUCAUUUUAAAAUUCAUUCAGCUCAGAGUUGAUUUAAGCUCUCCGUUUGCAUCAUGUUUGUUCAUAUUUGGCUCUUCCAUUCUCAUUAAACAAGUUUUAGGCUUAAAGUUUGAACAGCAGCUUUCAGGCCAACUUAUUACUGAACAUUAACGGUAACAAUAUUUGCAUGUUGGUCAAACAAGGAGCUGCAUACAGUAAUGUUUAAGAUGUGUGAACUCUAAAGUGUCCUGUUCAGUUAAAAAAAAACAUAGGGGGGGGGACUGAAAUGUCCAUUACUUAUAUUUUGUAAACAAGACAUAAGCUGAAGUCUUUAAACGAAACACUUCUACUGUGGAGGAUUUAAUUGUUAAUUUUCUUCCUGAGAGUUAAUUGAGUGUUACCUUAAUGUAAGGGAAUACAAGGAAAAUAUUAGUCCAGUUUCAAAGGUACUAAAUCGGUCGCGCUAUCAUCAUCACUUUAUUACCUUGAAAUUUUUGCUAUUUGCUCAGAUUGAGUGUGAGUUUUUUCUCUCUUAGCAGGUUGUGAUCGAGGGUUAUGACCUGAUAAUGAGCGACUGGCAGAUCAGUUUUUUUCUUUUGGAGAGAGCUGGGCUGCAGUCGCACAAGCCUAAAGACCGGUCGGAAACUCCCUGGUAACCACCAGUCACUAAGGAAAAAUACAUUUUUGCUAGGGGAAAUCAGCCACAAAUAUGAGUGCUGUGCUGUGCAGAAAACCUGCUUGUGAUUGCUUUUAUCACCAGCCGUGAUCGCCUGCUGUUUGCACGGAAGACGCCAAGUACUCACUAAGUGUGCGAUGGAAACCAGAAAUGAAGACCAUUUGCUUUCAUAGUUAAAGUCUUUUGAAAUAUGUUUGUUGGGUCUGUAAGGCACAAUUUCUGAGUGUUCACAGAUACCGCAAAGGCUCUCAACUUGUUUGUUGGCGUCUUCCAUGCAAACUACGGGCGACCACGGCAAUCUGAUAACAACCACAGCAAUGCUUUUUGGUGGUUUUUGGCGGAGCACCCUCUUUGCAACUGGUUUCACC